CUCCUGCCCGCUAUGUCUCACGGAGGCGGAGAAUUUUCACAGUGCUGGUGGAGAGAGCAGAUGCAGUCCCGCCUUACUGGCUUUCUCUCCCUCUCUCUAAGCAUCACUAAGACCGGGCAGCAUCCUGUCUUUGAAUAGAGCGUCUGAGAGCCGGAGGACGACAUGGCAAAGGACCAAUCUGGCGAUAUUAGAGAAAACCUCAAUCAGUCACAGGACGUGUAGAAAAAAAGGAAGAAGCAAGGAAGGAUGGAGCUACACUAACUCUGCGUGUCUAUGUGCCAAUAUCAGGAUUAGCUCUCAGUGCUGGAAUGUAGUGACAGCACACAGACAGCGCACAGACAGACAGCAGUACGUGAGCUGACCGAGCCGGAGAUCUAAGUGCUGAGACUGGAAAAGAAUCAGUUAGGAGAUGGAUUUGACUCUCCUCUCCUUGGACUCAUUCCAUUGCUCUUGAUUCUACUGUGCUGUUUUUUUUUUUUCUUUUUUUUUUUAAAUAUUUGUCUGUUAUUUAUUCAUUUUUUUCAAAUAUUGGAUUAUCCCUUUUGCUGGACUACACGCAAAUUUGCUUUUGCCUCAUAAUCCAAAGGAUGCUCUAGAGUAAGAGGAAACCGCUGGCUAUUCCUGCACCGAGUCUGGCGUUUGGUUCUGGGGCAAUGAGCUGACUCAGCGGAGCAAAAUGAGCUGCAGAAAACCCAGAAGCCGAGGAAGAGAGGGAACCAGAACACUCCUCUUUGAAUACAAAUCCUGGAAUGCUGAACAGAAAAAAGAUGCUCUCAAUCCUGCCAGAACUGAAAUGACCGCUUUUCUAACCCUUCAUCUUCUGCUGAUCCUGCUGCUCUUUUCCUUCAUCUCCUUGGCUUUUCACUCACCUGUGUGUCUGGGAUCUGGACACCAUUGAGCUCCGUUCCUGUGAGCUGUGUGCACUGACUAAACCUGGACAGAGGCUUCUUUCCCUCUAUUCUGUCUUCAGUGCUCUACUUGUGACCCCCCCCCCCGUGUGUAUUUAUGUCUUUUCAGAGGUCUGUCUGCAUGGCUGCGAUUUCAUGUGCCUCGCUGUUUGUGUUUAUGAGCACCGUGAUUCUCAAUGCCCAUCUUCCUCCAUUGUCACUGUGCUCUGCGUUGCAAAUGCCCUUUACCACACCUGCCCCUGGGGUUAACCCUUUGUGAGGUGGCAGGAUGAGUGAGCGCUCUGGACCAACUUUGUCGGGAGCAUUGCGUUUGGAGGAGAGAGAAGAGGGCGGGGUGGCUCCCGGUAGGGACCAGGCUUCGCCCCCUGAGCCAGAGCAUCUGCGCUGUGGCACUUGCACCUUGUGGCCCCGACAGCAGACCUGGCUUUGUGUGGUGCCGCUGCUCAUCGGCUUCAUCGGCCUGGGACUCAGCUUGAUGCUGCUCAAGUGGAUUGUGGUGGGAUCCGUCCAGGACUACGUUCCUACCGAUUUGGUGGAUGCCAAAGGGAUUGGGCAGGACCCCAUAUUUCUCUCCAAGCCCAGUGCCUUCCCGAAGAGCUCUGACAGCACUAUGUCAGUGAGCACUGCUGCCACGGGGAAGAACGGAUUUCGACCAGGGAUUCACUCCGGCGGUACAACAAGGGGGAAUGGCCCCGGUGCAUCCGGCAGCCAGGUUACUCUACGCAGCACGACCGUGCGCCAGGUUAGCACCAGCAGCGUACGCGGCCCAGCGACCACUACAGCUGCCUUUACCCUGUCCACGAGCGCGGUGACGCCAUCCUCCACCCCUUUGAUUUCCAAUCCCACCGUCCUCCACGACUCGACGCAAAUGUGGACGCAUGCUCAUGUAUCGCAGAGGCCCUCGGCCACGCCCACUCGGUUACACGUCCUCGUCAAGACAGAAUCACCCACAUCUCCACCCCUCCGAUCAGAGCACUUCAAGCCAUGCAGAGACAAGGAUCUGGCCUACUGCCUGAAUGAAGGAGAGUGUUUCAUUAUUGAGACGCUCACAGGGAUGCACAAACACUGCAGGUGUAAAGAAGGCUACCAAGGGGUGCGAUGUGACCAGUUUCUUCCCAAGACGGACCCCAUCUUAUCUGAUCCAACAGAUCAUCUGGGCAUCGAGUUCAUGGAGAUUGAAGCAAUUUACAAGAGACAAGUGGUGUCAAUAUCCUGCAUUGCUACUGGAAUCAGUCUUCUGGGGACACUUUGUGUGGCAUUCUACUGCUGGAACAAAAGACGUAGGGAGAAACUACAUACCCAUGUGAAGGAGAGUCGAAUCCAGAAGAACUACACCAACCACACUUCCAGCCACAUGACUCAAUCAGUCCUGAAGACUCAAUACAGCCUGCAGAUUCACAAAAACUGCAAAGGGCACAGGUCUUCUCCACCUGGUCAAGGCGUUGUUCAAGAGUCCACUAUUGGCCAGAGCAGCACUGCGUGUCUUGCCCAUGCUGGACUGUAUCCAGGGAAGCACAACAGUGAGCAGAGAGCUGGAGCAGCUCAGCGAUGUGCAGCACGCAAAAACUCUCCCGGUUCCAGAGGACGACUGAAUCCUGUGGGAGGACACAGAGACUCUGGCCCCGCGUAUCAUCACCUGAAAGAGGUGGAGGCCCCAGAAAAGAGCGCGGAGACCUUCAGAGAGCACCAACGCAUAAAUGCUGGCAGUUAUCUGCAGAAGGACUGCUUUUUAAAUAUGCAACCCCCCCUUUCCGCCCUAGAAGGAAUGCAGGGGAGCAAGACUGAGGUGCGGUGCAGCUGCUUGGACAAGGCAGCACCCAGGAGCUCCAGCUGUUCCCCUUCCUAUCAGGCCCCCCGUGUGGCCUGUCGUGCUGGAUCCAUCCCGAUCAUCCCCUCUUUCCAGGGACACCACAGUGAUUCUUCCUGUAUGCAAAUGGGCGAUGCGGUCAGAAGCAGCUUUUGCACAGCGGCCCUAAGUGACACAGUCCUCCGCAACUCACGACACCCUUCCUCUUCCUCCUCUUCCUCCUCAUCCUCCCUAACGAGAGGUGGAAAGCAAGAUGCGGUGGCUCUGCUUCUGGAGGAAGCCCAAGAGCAGCUCAGGGUGUUAUCGCAUGCUCAGAGACGACAGGAGGACGUCGCUCUUUACCCCGCCGCCCGGGAGACUGCCUGUUUCCUGGGACCGGUGGGAGCUGGAAUCUCAUACAGAGCUGAAAUAAGACUCGUGAGCCCAAGAGGAGCACAGCAGCCUUGCAAGUAAAAGCAAAUGCAUCUCGUGGCUCCAAAUGAAAUAAUCAUAAGAAAACUUGGUGUUUUGAAAAUCUGACUGAAGAAAGAUGCAGGAGGACAAUAACUAACUACUGAAAAUGACUAAUAGUAAAAGAAAAAAAAAUGUAA